AUGACCGGCAAAACGCAGACCAGCAACGUCACCAAUAAGAACGACCCCAAGUCCAUCAACUCGCGGGUGUUCAUCGGCAACCUGAACACGGCCAUCGUCAAGAAGGCGGACAUCGAGGCCAUCUUCUCCAAGUACGGCAAGAUCGUGGGGUGCUCGGUGCACAAAGGCUAUGCGUUCGUCCAGUACCUGAGCGAGCGGCACGCCCGGGCGGCCGUGGCCGGGGAGAACGCCAGGAUCAUCGCGGGCCAGCCCCUCGAUAUCAACAUGGCCGGGGAGCCCAAACCCUACAGACCAAAACCCGGGAACAAGAGGCCCCUCUCCGCACUUUACAGACUUGACUCAAAGGAGCCUUUCUUAUCUGUUGGUGGUUACGUCUUCGACUAUGACUACUACAGAGAUGACUUCUACAAUCGGUUGUUCGAUUACCACGGCCGCGUGCCUCCUCCUCCCCGCGCCGUCAUCCCACUGAAACGCCCCAGGGUGGCAGUCUCCACGACUCGUCGGGGAAAAGGGGUCUUUUCCAUGAAAGGGGGGUCGAGAUCUGCUGUCAGCGGGUCCUCUUCCUCAGGCUCGAAAUUGAAAUCAGAUGAGUUACAGACAAUCAAGAAAGAACUAACACAGAUCAAAACUAAAAUCGACUCCUUGCUAGGACGUCUAGAGAAGAUUGAGAAACAGCAGAAGGCAGAGGCCGAAGCUCAGAAGAAGCAAUUGGAAGAGACAAUAGAGCUGAUCCAAGAUGAAUGUGUGUCGGAGAACGCAGACCACUCUCCUGCGGAGCCUGCAGAAGGUGGGCCCGAUGCGGAUGGCGAGGAGAUGACCGAUGGCGUAGAGGAGGACUUCGAGGAAGAUGGGGGUCACGCACUGUUUCUGCAGAUAAAGUGA